GAAAAAACUGCGAGAAAGAGGAUAUGAAGAUAUGACAUUGAAAGAAAUAAUCAAUAAAAUAAAGAAAUUAAAGCAAAAGUAUGAAAGUGAAAAGGACAAGGCUAAGAAGAGUGGAAACGGGAGAAAAAAGCCAUGGAAAUAUUUCCAACAGCUGGACAGAUUUUUAUCCCAAAGACACAAUGUCGUUCCAGCGGCUUUACUUGACAGUAUGGCUGAGGCCGACCAUGAAAAAGAUAAUGAGUCUGACAUGCAGAAAGACCAUGUUGAUGAUGAAAAUCAUGACAUUAUUGAAG